CACAAAAUGGUGGAGGCUCUUGGCAGUGGGUGAGCCGAGCAUCCCUGACGCUGAGAGACACAGGCACACAUCCAUGAUCUGAAACCCAGGGCAGGAGACAGAACUGUGCCUCAGCCGUGGUGUUCCUCUUCUGGCGAUGUGGGGAUGGACCAGACUCAUGAACACAAGAUGAGCUUUGAGGGGGCAGAGGGUAGACCAGCUCCACCCACCUCCCUGCCCCUGCAGGGCCAAGGGGGCGUGGCCUCUCAGAGGAAGAAGCUGUCGGCUCCUCGUAUAAGUCUAUCGUUGGACCAAAGUGAGGAUGACCUGUUCGACACACCAGAUGACCUCGACAUCAAUGUGGAUGAUCUAGACACACCUGACGAAGCAGAUUAUACUGACCAUGAAAUAGACUGGGAAGAGCCUCAAGCAUCUCAGAGUGAUUCUGUUAAAGAAACAGUUGAGCCCAUUCCCACAUACAGUGCUCAGGAGGAGCGGCAGGAUUCCAAACUCUGGAGAACCGUUAUCAUUGGGGAACAAGAGCACCGCAUCAACAUGAAGAGUAUUGAACCUUACCAAAAAGUCGUAUCCCAUGGAGGGUACUAUGGCAAUGGCGCAAAUGCCAUCAUUGUAUUUGCUGCAUGCUUCCUCCCUGACAGUGACAGAGAGGACUAUCACGAGAUCAUGGAGAACCUCUUCUUGUAUGUUAUCAGUACACUAGAGCUCAUGGUAGCAGAGGAUUACAUGAUUGUGUACUUGAAUGGAGCCACUCCACACCGCAGGAUGCCUGGCCUCAACUGGCUCAAGAGAUGCUACCAGAUGAUUGAUAGGAGGCUCAGAAAGAACUUAAAAUCUUUCAUCAUUGUUCACCCAUCAUGGUUCAUUAGGACAAUUCUAGCCAUCACGAAACCGUUUAUUAGCUCAAAGUUCAGCAGUAAGAUCAAGUAUGUGAACAGCUUAGCAGAACUGGAGGAGCUCAUCCCAAUGGAGUACGUCCACAUACCUGAGUGCAUAAUCAGACUGGACGAGGAGUUACGGGAAACAGCAGAGAGCUCUAAAAUCAACAGCUUUCUCCAAGGAAGUGAGAAUCCACAAGAAUCAAUAGCUCAACCCAAUGUGAGCAGUUCAUAAGAGCCGUUGGCUGUGGGUGCAAGAACAAUAUGUCUGAAAAGGUUUUGAGUAUUUCAAAUUGUAAUGAUUGCACACUGAUGUGGAUGCAAUAAUCGCAUAAAAUAAGAGAAGAGGGUAUUUUUGUGCUUUGGUGUCUCACAGUGCUGGGAUGAAUAGUGCAGCACCACAUGUUCUUCAACACAAAUCACCUCAAAUGUAAUAAUUCUUCUCACAGAACAGUAGCUUAAACCAGCGCAAUGCUUAGAUCAUUCUUUGUCUUUUAUCGUCUUGCAAAAGUUUCUCUUGUUACUUGAAUUAUGCAUGAGAGGCAUUUUAGCAAUAAUACAAUGUUGUACUUUUCCCCUUUAGGCUCAUAAUUUUCACCGUCAGGUAUUUUUUCUAAUUGGAGCAUGCAUAAAGGGCAAAAUCCUGUCACUUCAGCUGCUCUGUAUUAAUAUUAGUGCAUGCAAGGUUAUUCUCAAUGCGUAGCAUCCUGUUAGCACUAAUGCCAACUCUCUACCCUCUCAUGCUAAAUUGAUGACUUGGGGACACAGAAAAUAGAGCACUAGUUAAUUAUUGCCAUUGUCAGAAACAAUAUGAGUCAGGUUUAAAUUUAAACAACACCUCAUAUCACUUUAUAUGUAUGGGUUCAAAAUCAGCAGGGAGAAAUCAUUUGUAGUUCUUAAAUGUCAAGUGUGUUAUGCUAAAAUGCUUCCUCUAUUACUUUAAACCCAGGUUGACUUCCUGAACAAAGUAACAUAAAGACUUUUGUGGCUCUUUUAAAACAUUUGUGCAGCCAGUCAUUACAAACAUUAGCGGAUAUUGCCACACCAGGUGGUUUGAGAACAUUAAAUGUGAAAACCAGUGCUUGCUAAUAUAAACUGCUAUAGAGUGCGACAUUGCCUGCUCAAUUUUUCAGCAGAAAAUGUUUACGGAAGUAAUUCAUCCACUUGCUUCUCCUGUAGGGAUUUUAAAAAAAGGCUUUAUUAAAGAGACAUAAGCUAUGAACCAAAACAAAAAGCUACAGGGUUAAUUACAACAUUACAAAAUUCGACUUGAAGCUAAAAAUCUUAUGAAGUAUUGUGAAUGACAGAAUCUAAGUAACACAGAGAUUAGAUUCAAAGAUGUUGAAGAUGUUGAUAUAAUAUAUAUAUAAUCACGGAUAAUGUAGGUUUUCAUUAGGAAUUUCGCUGUUAAACAUAAUUUAAUAAUUGUGAGGAAACAGUAAAUUAUGGCUUUAACAAAAGCAUAUACUGCAUUGACCAACAACCAUGUACCUCACAGUAGGUCUAUGUUUAAUGGUUUAUACGUUUUUAAGGCAUUUUAUAAAUUAUUAUAAAUCAAUUAUUUAAUGGAGAAAAUGAAUGCGUUUUAUUCUGAAACCCAAAUGUUGCAUAUAUUACUUUUGCUCAUAUUUUCAAGUUUAAAGGGGAUUUCAAAACCACUAACUCUCAAUAUUAAUCAGCAGUUUUGAAUAAAACCUCAAAUCAUGUGACUUUUGUGGAGAGGUGUGCUAUUUCUUUUCCAAGCAAUCAGACUUUUAUUAAAACUACCAACAACAAUUCUCUGUGGAGCCAUUAGGGGCGCUGGAAUGACACACUUCACCUUUAAGAAUCAAGCCAUAGUGAUGCAUUAGUUGUUCUUGUGCUCACAACACUAAAAUCAGUCCUAGAUGUUUCAGAACUUUGAUGUCUUUGUGAGUGUUUGCCAUGUAUAAAGGUAAAAAUAGUUGCCACAAUCAAAGAUCUGUCAAAUCCUAAGAGCAUGCUGUUUCAGAGGUUUUCACGUUCAGUGUGACUGCUCUGUUUACUUUUGAACUCUUGUGUCAGUGUGUGAGGGUGUGUAUGUGAAUAGGUUUGUAUGUGCGUGUGUGAUUAUCUGUUUAUGUGUUUACAUGCUGUUAGGUCUCCCAAGUUCUUCCUGCUAACAGGUUUGGGAACUAAAAUAAAGGGACUUAAAAAGAUUGCUGUAAAGCACAAUAUUCAAAUUAAGUCUACAAGUGUGUGUGUGUGUGUGAAUAUAUGAGAGACAUUAUGUGUGAUUGGAUCACUGCAUGUGUCCCUGGUUGUUGAUAUAUGAUCCAUUUAGACUGAAAUUCUACUGAAUAAUAUGAAUAGAUGAAAUUUGUUCCAGAGGCCUUCUCCAGCAGAGCAUAUUGAGAUUGAGAUGUAUGUUAUAUUGCAGAGUAAAUCAAUAAAUUAAAAUUAUAUCUGA